GUUUCUCACAUUUUACACCUCUUUACUCUGUCACUGCCACCACCUCACUUUGGUGUCGCAACCUCUUCACUUCGCCGUCGCCGCCAUCUCCUCUUCCUCACACCAAGUUCUACACCGAACGGCUCAAUUAACAUUCUUUGCUACCACCUCAUCCUCAAUUUGUGUUGGUUGUCGCUAGUUCAUGUUACAGUCUCUGUCGAUGGCUUGUAGCCUCAUACGGUGGUUUCUAUCACCACCUCUGCUAUACAUUGAUCUCUGGUUUCAGUUCGUACCUCAAUAACCUUUUCAUCCUUCUCUUGUUCAAUUGUGGUUCCUUAUUUAAGAAAUUCUCAUUUUCUAGGGUUUAUGUGAUUCAUGCUCAUUAAUUAAUUCACAAGAAACAUAAGUUUAUAAUCCCUUUAUUUUUUUAUGUUUUGUUUUUCAUUUUAUAUUUUUGAUAAUUCUGAAAUUCAGCAGGAUUUUGUUGUUGUCGCUGUCGCUCCUCCUCUAUUUCUCUCUAGUUGUGUGCAGGGCCAUUAAUGGAUGUUCUUUGUGUUCAAGACAGAGUUUUCUAUUUUCCUGGGUCACACUGAAUUGUUGCCAGAACCUGCAGAACAAGAAUUGAGGCAGAUGAAGAACCAGAAAUCUCCCAAAUACAAUCUUCCAUGGAAGAUCUUAUGUGGUGUUAUUGAUGUUAGUGUCUGGCCGAGAUGGAAAGCGGCGAGGCUUAUGCUCGACUCACUUAGCAACCAUCUUCAGAUGAUAUGACAAUGGAAAAUCCUACUCAAGAGUUGGUAGCAAAGGAUAUUCAUGGGGUUGAAUGGAAGUUUAAGCAUAUAUACAGAGGACUUCCAAAGAGGCACUUGCUUACAAUUUGCUGGAGCGCAUUCGUUGCCAAAAUAUAAAUUCUUUUUAGUAUGGUUAGCAAAGGUGUUAAAGCAACAUUGGUGCAAACAUUUCCAUCUCGAGGCACAUAUUAAUGUUAGCGGAAAGAAGAGAACAUCAACAUCUCGCAACAAGAACACUGAAAUUCAGAUUAAUGUUAGCGAAAAGAAGAGAACAUCAACAUCUUGCAACAAGAUCACUGGAAUUCAGUUUUCCAAGAAAAACCACCAAAGAAUCAUGAUCACAUCAGAAGAUUUUGGAGUCCAAAUAUUAGAAGGCAUGGAACAUGUUCAGGCAUUUAAAUGUAGAACACUCAAUACCAAUGCUAGGAUAGUAAUAUUCUACGACACGAAAGAUUCAAGUAAAGUUGUAGUUUGUAAUAUUCAUGUGCUUUAUAAUCCUAAUAGAGGAAAAAAAUUAAGCUUGGCCAGGUAACUACUGUUUGUUGUAUAGGCCAUUUGAAUCAUAAGAUAUCUAUUUGUUAGAUGUUACUAUUUCAGUUUGCUAUAAA